GCCGGGAGUAACUAAGGAAAUUGAGUGGUAUUCUUUGUUGUCAUCUCCGGCGCCCGAAGAGGUAUAAAGAGCACACAGAGCAUAUCUUUUUGAAGGCAUCAUCCGAUUUCAUCCCAUUCUACAGUCGCUUAAUCUUCGAAUAUGAGAUACGCUUUCGUUCCCCUCGCGUUCGGUCUCGGAGCCAACGCCUACGUCGCUCGUGCGAACACACAAUGCUUCAAGCUCUCAGCAUCUGGCGGCGCAUCAGGUGUACUCGGUCAGCUCGAUGAUGGUCAGAACCGUGUUGGCGGCAACCACCCAACCGGCUGCUACUGCUUGGAUGGAAACAGCGGUUUCACUGAUUCCAAUGGACGUGGCUGCAUCUUGACUCCCCCUACUACCCAGUUCCAGUGCGAUGUUGGCGCUACCCCCACCAACGGCUUCGCUGUCAGCUCCAGUGGCAGUGUCACGUACAAUGGCUCAGGCAAGUUCUAUGCCUGCCCUGUAAACGACAGCGGCGAAUACAAUGUCUACACAACCCCUGCUCCCGGUCAGACUAAGUGCGUUGAGAUUUCUCUCGGGUCUGCUGGUUCAUGCGGAGCUAGUGCGUCCCAACCUGCUGGAUCUAAGCCUGCUGGUUCCUAUCCUGCUGCUACUCCUCCCGCAGCUACCAAGACGAAGCCUUCCGAGACUCCCAAGCCUACACCCGAAGCUCCCAAGCCUAGCUCGCCCGCACCUGGUAUGCUCCAGGAGUCUGAGUGUGUACCCAAGGUCGUUACCGUCACUGUGACCCAGCCUAUGGCUCCUCCAGUCGUAAACAACCCUGCUCCCUCCCAACCCGCUCAGAGCAAGCCUGCUCCUCCACCAGAGUCGAUGCCUGCCCCUCCUGCUUCCCAGCCCGCUGCCUCCAAGCCUGCUGCUUCCAUGCCCGCUCCAUCCAAGCCAGCUCCUUCUGCGCCAGCUCCCUCCAAGCCAGCUGUCUCUGGUGCCUGCCCCCAGGACCUGAACGGCAAUUACCAGUACCCUCAUCUGAUUGUACCCGUUGACUCUGAGCACCCCGACAAGGCCUAUGGCACCUCAUACAACGGCACGAUCAGCGCCCACAUCUGCACUAUCUUCAACUUCGAUAUCCCUGCCUCUUACGCCGGUAAGACUUGCUCUGCCAUGUUCAUGCUACCCAAGAAGGAGGACCUUGAGACCUCCGACUACACCAUUUCUGGUCAAGGCGAAUGCACCGUCAGCAAGCUCAAGGGCAAUGCCAACGUACAGACUACUUGGAGCAACGCUCCUGCUAAGGCUGGGGAUCUUGCUUCCGUGGAGCUCAGCCCCGGCAACACCUACACUGUCGAGUCUGGCGAUUGCGAAGCUGGCAAGACUGUGAGCUACGAGAUUUGUGGCAGCGGUGACUUCUCCAUCAACUACUUCCAGGAUUACAAUCCAAGCCCCAUUGGCAUGUACGUCCGCCAGUGCUAGAUCAUUCAUCACUGUGCUGGAUGAGACCUUGCUUUGAUUGAGAGUCAUCAGCAAGUGAGUCUGAAAGGUGUCUGGGAUGGAGAUACCUGAUAAUUCUUUUCACCGUUGCCUGGACGAGUCCUUCCUUAAUAACAUGAUACGACACGAUGAUAUGGCACUCCUUAUGAAUGCGUUUGUAGAUUAGACGAGAUUUGAUGUAUGGUUUUUGCUCGG